UCCAAUACCACAUUUUCAAAUGGGGAGUAACCAUGAUCAUUAAACUUAUUUAUUAGAUAUUUUCCUUCUAAAAUUACACUAAUUUUUCAUUACUAUUCUCACUAUUUAGUAUUAUAAACGGACCGUUAGUAUCUUAGUUACUGAACUAAUCAUAUUCUCCUUAAAACUUAUAAUAGAGUUUUUUUUUUUUAUUGUUUAUGGUGGCUUUUUAAGGAAACGUGACAGAACGUAUACAGAUUGAAAAAAUGACCAUAAACUAGAGGUUCUGGAGGGGUUACAUUUGUUGUGGGAGCAUGUGGGGUUGCUAUAUUCUGUUUCUUUUUCCUUUUCCUUUUCAAAUCAUUAAAUAUCAUUGUCUCUUGCCACAACACAUUCAUUAUUUAUUGUAUGUUCUCCUUGUUUGGUGUGGGUAUAUAUAUGUGUCCUUGCUGCAUUCCGUAGCAUGCAGAAAGUCGGGUCACAACCUAUAAUAUUGCACAAAUCUAUCUCCUUUCUAAUUGGUUAUGGAUUCAUCAAGACCUCUUUCUAUCGAGAGCUUCUCAUACAGUUGGCUUAUAAACCUAAAACCAUCCCUUGAAAGCCUUAGUGAAUCCUUCAGGGCUGCUAUGGAUUCAUCCGAUGAGUCUUUCUUCAUCGAGAUGGACCCGAACAUGCCCGCUUCAAAGAGGUUCAAGAAACUUGACUGUGAUUUUGAUUUCAAUCUUCCGUUCUCAGAGCAAUCCACGGCUGCUAUUGUACAUGCGGAUGAGCUCUUUUGUGAGGGUUUCCUUCUGCCUUUUGUUAAACAAUACAGUGAUUCAAGCCCAUGUGUUUCUCCUUUGUCUGAUUUUCAGAACACAGAAACUACUGCAGGUAAUGAUGAUCGUAAGAUCAGGUGCUCUUCCUUGAGAAGGUGUAGGAGCUUAUUGUCUCGAAAAAUGUUCGAAAAAUACUUGUAUUUUUUGUUCCCAUUAUUGGGGAAAAUGAGAGGCUUCAGAUCAAAGUCUAAAAACACUGAGGAUAAUAGAAUCUGGGUGGUGAAGAAUAACAGGUCAAGUUCACCUCUAGCAUCCCCUAGAACAAGUGUUGGGUCCUUCCCCGGAGACUGGAGGCGGCCUUCUGAUUCCGAAAGCUCAAUUCACGACGCAGUUCUUCAUUGCAAAAGGUCAAUUGGCAAACAGACAAUUUUUGAUACAAACAAAUCAAGAAUUUGAAAGGAUUUUAUUUGGUAAGUAUGACAUGAAGGUUUCACACGAAGAUUGUUCUAAUUAAGUCCUUUAAUGUUUUUUUGGAGUUGUUUCUAUCUGUUAUUUUUGGGUUGUAUUAUUUGUGGUUAUCAUAAAUUUUUUCAUGUAUAUUAUAAAUUUUGGACAUAAUUACCUUGUUUAUUCGUAUUUUAAUAUUUUAUUAAUGUUUUUGAUCUCCACACAUUUUUACUAACUUCAGUUUAACAUUUUUAUACUGUUUAUGAUCUCGGCCCACAUUUUUUUUACCAACUUUACUUAAAUUAAUUGUGGUUUAUAUUUUUUUUUUCCACUAAUUUUAUUCAGCCCGUCUAAUAUGAGAGCGUCUCACGGUGAGACGACUUCAAAACAAAAAACUCAUAA